ACCAGUUGGUGGCGGUAAUGGAUCAAUUCAUUGUUUGCCAACUGCUAAUAAACCUCAGAAGAAGACGAAGAAGAAGAAUGAAUUUCAGCUAGCUAGCCAUAGACAGUUGACAAUACACUUGCGUAAAACCAUCCAUGUCAAAACACAAAAAGGAUAUUCAAAGUCUUGUGCUGCUUUCGUGCACAUACAGGGAUACACCAGCUUACCUGCCGACCUACUGUGAAUCGCUGGCUCAGUGACUAUCCCAGAAGACUUUGGCACCAUUGUGUGCCAGUUACUUACAAGACCUGGGGAUUUCUGAAUCCAGAAGAUGAACGGUCUGUCCAUACGAGAGCUAUGCUGCCUGUUCUGCUGCCCCCCUUGCCCCAGUCGCAUUGCAGCCAAACUGGCUUUCCUCCCACCAGAACCCACCUAUGCCCUUAUCCCUGACCCAGAUCCAGGUUCUGGUACGGGGACUGCUGGAUGCAGCUCUGGAGCUGCUCUGCCAUCACUUGGAGCCCCAGGGCUGCGAUCCCGGCUGAGUACUGGUAGCGGGGGUGACAGAGGAGGAGCAGGAGGAGAGUUCCAGUAUUCGCAGAGAGAGCUGGAUGUGACGGACGUAUUCCUGACCAGGUCCAGCCGAGGGAACAGGGUGGGAUGCAUGUACAUUCGCUGUGCCCCCAAUGCCAGGUUUACAGUGCUGUUUUCCCAUGGUAAUGCAGUAGACCUGGGCCAGAUGAGCAGCUUCUACAUCGGCUUAGGUACACGCAUCAACUGCAACAUCUUCUCCUAUGAUUACUCAGGCUACGGUGUUAGCACUGGCAAGCCCUCUGAGAAGAACCUCUACGCUGACAUUGAUGCUGCGUGGCAUGCCCUGCGCUCUCGGUAUGGCAUCAGCCCUGAGAACAUCAUUCUGUAUGGGCAGAGCAUUGGCACAGUGCCCACGGUAGACUUGGCAUCACGGUUUGAGUGUGCUGCUGUGGUCCUCCACUCUCCUCUUACCUCCGGCAUGAGAGUGGCCUUUCCUGACACCAAGAAAACAUACUGUUUUGAUGCCUUUCCUAACAUAGAGAAAGUGUCAAAGAUCCCGUCUCCAGUCCUCAUCAUCCACGGUACAGAGGACGAGGUGAUCGACUUCUCUCACGGCCUUGCCCUGUUUGAGCGCUGUCCCAAGGCCGUGGAGCCCCUCUGGGUGGAGGGAGCCGGUCACAACGACAUUGAGCUUUACAGUCAGUACCUGGAGAGGCUACGGCGCUUCAUCAACCAGGACCUGGCUGCACAGCAUGCCUGAGAAUCAGCAUCCUCUCUGCGUUUGUAUGAAUGAGACUGGUGUGUACGUGUGUGUGUGAAUAUGAAUGAGAAACGGGAUGUGUGAGUGAGAAUUAGACCUAAAAAGGAUGUGUGAUUUCUGUCACAUCUGUGUGUCUUUGAAGCAGCACACCUUUUAGGUUCAUUAUCACAACGUACCUGUUUCCUAUUUUAAAAGGUGAGAAAUUUAUUUUGUCAUCAUUAUCUAUAUCCAUCUGUAUGGUGUGUAGUGAAACGCUAAAAAUAAGAACUGAGAUGAAACAGCGCCACAAAUGUGGUUUUUAAGGUGGGAAAAACUCUAAAUUGCAGCUUUUAAAAUGUUUACUCGCAUGAACUAAGAAAGAAUAGAGAUCUGCUUUGUCCUAAAGACACACAGAUGUAAUGUUUAAUUGUGAUGUGUGAAUCAUGGAUGUGAGUGUUGAGUGUGUAUUCAUAAUAUCUCCAUGGGACUGUGACACCUGAAUAAUGUGUGCACAUGCUUAUGUGUGUGUGUGUAUGAGUGAGGCAGUGCUGUAAGACAUGGACAUCCUGAUGACUUGGACAGCUGCAAAUGGAGGAGGCUACUGGAGACUUAUCAAUGUUGGUGGGUUUUUUUUUUUUCUUUUUGUGGGGACGUAUGAAUACCUCUGCAGCUUGACCAGUUCUCUCUCUAGUGGACAAACACUGGUCAAGCCUCCUCCUCCUCCUCCCCAUUUACCUGUUUAAGGGACAUCCAUCUGACUUCCAGGGCAUUUCCCAAGUUGUUGUUCAGCUAACACUAACCUACUAUAUUUAAGUGGUUUGGGGGUCCAUCUCCUUUCCUUUGGUGUCAGUUACGACAGAUACACAAGGACUAAGUCUGAAAUACUGCCAUAACUUGUAUGGCUGGGGGGUGUCUCACGCCGUCCACUCCCUCAUAUCUGACUCUUGAAAUUUCGCAGAACAGCCAACUUCUGCUUUAUUUCCUGGCUGCGCUGUAGCUUUAACUAUUCACUGUCCACAGAAUCAGUGCAAUUUAUAGGAAAUUGCUUUGAUUUCCUCUCUUUGCUUUUAUUGCCCAGUUCUACAUAUUCUGAGCAAGAAUGAUGGUGAGUUUGAAACGGCACCAGGGCUUUGAGAGCCACACUGAGGAUAUCUCUGGGUAGGUGGAGAUUCCUGUGGCAUUGAUCAAACAGAUACUGUAUAGAAGUGCAGGUUUAGUCUGUACUUUGUGUCACAUUAGAUCAGUUGGUUCUAAACACAGGGCUGCAGCUCUUAGUGUUUGCUGAUGUGUGAGGUUUAAGGCUUGGGUAGACUGUGCUGAUGAAAUAGCAGCAGGCAUAUUUAAAGGAAUAGUUAGAUAGUGUGGAAAUGUGCUUACUUGCUUUUUUGUUUAGAGUUAGAUUUAGAAGACUUAUCACUAAUGCGGAGACUCCAGAAAGCUACUUUGCACAUAACUUUUAUCCUAUCCAGCUAACUGGCUGCAGGAUUAAGCAUCAUACUGUACCGUACUGACAGAGUGGUAGCGAUCUUCUCAUCUAACCCUCGGCAAGAAACUGUCUUCCCACUGUCAAAGUAUUCCUUUGAAUCUGAAGCUCAGUUGUCAUGGAUGUUUGUGAAUAAUCUGUAGUCUCAUCUGGUUAACAGACCCUAUUGGAGCCUGAUGUUUUGGUUGGAUUUGGAGGCUUUAAAGGCAAAAUAGUUGCUCAGUUCAAACUAAUCAUGCUUCAUCUGAAUCAUAAGGAUUAAGUUCCAGUCUUACCGUACGGUUUGUUUUCCAAGUCUUGUUCCAGUAGAAUUCGUCACUGGAGUUCGACAGCCUCCUGGUCAAAGGCACCCUCAGCACGCUUUCCUUUCUCCUUACAUUUUUUUGUCUUGACCAUAGAUUGAUUGUCUCAGAACCAUGCGUGCCCAUGUUAUGACUAAUGAUGUGACGCGCCAGGAUGGAACAUCAUGCUUACUGUUUAACCUCUGUGGCCCUAAAUGUACAGGAGCUCUUUUAUGGGUGGCAGCAUGCUUCUUGUCUGACACAAGCCAUAUUUGAGCCUCUCACUGUUGGUGUGGUGCAGGUUCCACCACACGCACCUUUGCACAUCACCGCACACACACUCCAACACAACAUACACAUGCAUACACACAAAAUCCAUGUACUGUUGUAGACGGUAUAUUUACAUGUUUAUAUAUAUAUCAGAUCGAGCAUGACAGAAGCAGGUCUUAGGUUCAGCACUAUUGUACAAAGCAUCCAAAGUGUAAUAAGGGUAUAAAAUGUAAAUUUGUGUGUUCACCAUUAUUAUUGACUGUCUUCUACAGGCCAGCAUCAAGGAUACUAGCUUCCCGUUUGAAUAAGUACUAAUAAGCCCUGUGUGUGUAGACCUGAAAAAGUACUGGAACUGGUUUAUGGUCACAGGCUAGCACCACAUUUCCCAUCUACACUCUUGUGUUUGCUGCACAUCGGUUGCAGUGACAGUAGCUGUUUUGUUAAAGGGAACUUGCAGUACUGAACAAGCACUGAUCGGAUUACUCCAUUUUGGGAGUACACGUGGGUCUUAGUAAAUGGUGGAAAGGUUACCAGACACUGCUUGCUUACUUUCAUCAUUUCAAACAGGGAAUCCCUCAAUUCUCAUCCUGUGCUUUGUGUCUCUGAUAUUUAAACAAUGAAGACCUGCUACCAUCUUGACCCAGGGAUCGGAGCUGUCAGAAGCUUUAGAGAGAGGUACUGCCUCUCUCUGAAACGUAAGCCUUAGCUUUUCCUGGACAGGUCGUGUUAUCAGGGAAACCACUAGAUCCACUUUUCAUUCCUGAGCUUUGGUUCAAGAAACAGGGUGGAAACUUUCCAUUUUAUUGAUGCACCACUUUGAUCAACAUAUAUUGUGUCCUCUGGCCCUGAAUAUCUAUUGAUGGGGGUAGGGGUCGAACAGUGAAAACUGUAUGCAUGUCUCGUGUUUUUCUGAGCAAGUGGCGAAGUGGGAUGUUAUCGCUUAUGUAUUCUAUGUGAGGGUAAAGCUGAAAUCAUGUCAUUGAACAUCAAAGUGCUUAAAAAAACGGGAUGUUUGAAUUUUUUAUUGCUCAUACUAACUGAUGUAUUGUUAUGAAUUUUGUGCUAGUUUUUGAAUGGGGCAGUGGUGGGCAGGCGGGCGGGCGGGGGCUAAAAAAUAUUAGUGGACUGUUUAUAUGGUUACUGUACUUACAUAUUCUUUGUAUUAUGAUUUGUAAUUUUAUGUUGCUUUUUUGAACAGAAUAUGAUGUAAUGAAAUUAAUUCAUGGGACUGAAUCUUGACCUUUUUAUG